GUCGUCGUCCUCGACAUCCUCGCCACCUUCGCCGUCUCCGACGCUCUCGACGACUUCUACGUCAAAAUCUGCCCAGCAUGGCACCGUUCUCAAAACCCGAGACGGUCCUCAAGCAGGCCGAGGGCCUUGUCUCCGUCGGCCAGACUCAUGCCGCCCUGCAAUCACUCACUGAGAUGUUCUCCUCGAAGCGAUUCCGCUCUACACCUCUGGCCUCCCUGGAACCUAUCAUGCUGCGCUUCAUUGAACUUUGCGUCGACUUGCGGAAGGGUCGUACGGCAAAGGAGGGUCUCAUGCAGUACAAGAACAUUGCCCAAAAUACGAGCGUGGCGUCCAUCGAGGUCGUCAUUAACCGAUUCAUUCAGCUUUCCGAUGCGAAGGUGCAGGAGGCGCAGGAGAAGGCCGACAAGGCUGUAGCUGUCGACGUCGAUGAUCUUGAGGCCAGCGAGACCCCGGAGAGCAUCCUUCUCGGCGCGGUGAGUGGAGACCAGAGCAAGGACAGGACCGAUCGGGCCCUUGUCACUCCUUGGCUCAAGUUCCUCUGGGAGAGCUACCGUACCGCUCUCGAGACCCUCAAAAACAAUGCCCGGCUGGAGACCAUCUACCAGCAAAUCGCCCAGCAGGCAUUCAAGUUCUGCCUCAAGCACGAGCGUAAGGUGGAAUUCCGCCGCCUCUGCGAGACUCUCCGCCUGCAUUUGUCCAACGUCGCGAAAUACGCCCACCAGCCCCAUGCCAUCAACCUCUCGGACCCCGAUAUUCUGCAGCACCAUCUCGACACACGGUUCGCCCAGCUGAACACCUCCGUAGAACUUGAGCUCUGGCAGGAGGCCUUCCGCUCAGUCGAGGAUGUCCACAAUUUGCUCACUAUGGCGAAGAAGGCUCCUCGGCCCUCUAUGAUGGCCAACUACUACGAGAAGCUGACCAGGAUCUUCCUCAUGAGCGGAAACGCUCUGUAUCACGCUGCUGCCUGGGGCCGGUACUACGCGGUUGUAUCUGCGAUCGGUGGCAAGUCGGAGGAGGAGAUGAGCAGGCUAGCUGGUCAGGUUCUUGUCAGCGCGCUUGCCGUUCCGGUCGGUAUCCAGGGCGAAGCAGGAGCCGAGGAGAUGAAGGGCAAGGGUGCCAGGCUGUCAUCCUUGCUCGGACUCACCAAGACCCCUACAAGAGCUAGCUUGUUGCGCGAGGCUUUGGCACGUAACGUGCUCAAACUCUCGCCGGAGUCUGUGAAGUCUCUGUACAACGUCCUCGAGGUCACUUUCGACCCCCUCACGCUUUGCUCCUCUGUUGCACCCCUCCUGACAUCUCUUGCCGCCGACUCGUCCUACUCUUCAUACGUCCCGCUCCUCCAACAUGCCCUUCUCUCCCGCCUUCUCUCUCAGCUGUCUCAGGUCUACACCACCAUCAACAUCAGCAACCUGCUCGAGCUUGUUGCGCCCCUGCGCGAGGUUGCUGUCGAAGGCACCGGCUCCUACGACAAUGAGCAAAUUGAGGCCUACGUAAUGGGCUGUGCUCGCCGCGGUGAGCUGAACGUGCGCGUCGACCAUGCCGCAGGCAGCAUCACCUUCACCGACAGCGCCUUCGCUGCCGUCGAGGAUCCCAGCUCGUCGACGUCCAUGGUCAACGUCAGCGCCGUGCAGCCCUCCAGCUCGGAGUUUGUGCGCACUCGCCUAAGCGACGUCGCGAUCACUCUCCACAACUCCCUCGCUGCUCUAUUCCCUCCCACCCCGCCAACCGAGGAAGAGCAGCAAGCGAAGUUUGCCGCCCUUGCUGCCGCCGCACAGGCCGAGCGCAAGGCGCUUCAGGUCCGUCGCGCGCUCGUUGCGCGUCGGCGUGAGCUGCUCUCCGAGCUGUCUGUCCGCAAGGAGAAGGAGGAGGCCAGCCGCCGUGCUGAAAUCCUCCGUCGCCAGCAAGAGGAGGAGGCGCGUCGUGCCGCCCAGGAGCUGCGCAACAAGGAGGUGGAGCGUGCUCGGAAGGAGAUCGAGAACAUCCGUGUCGAGGAGGCCAAGAAGCUCGCCCAGAGCUUGAAGGAGAAGGGCACGUUGAAGGUCGACAUCACGGAUAUGGAGAGCCUCAACACCGACAGUCUCAUGCGUAUGCAGGUCGAGCAGCUGGAGAAGGAGAAGAAGGAGCUCAACGAGCGCAUGCGUGUCCUUACCAAGCGCCUCGAUCACGUCGAGCGUGCGUACCGCAAGGAGGAGCGUCCUCUUCUCGCCAAGGACUACGAGGUGCAGCAGGCGAACGACCGCGCCGUCUUCGAGACGACGCAGAAAGCUCGUCUGGAGGCCAGCCGCGCCGCUCACCUGCAGGACGUCGAGACGAAGCACCGCCUGACGCGGAUGCUCAACGACUACAACACUCUCAAGGACUCCAUCCACUCCCGCAGAGGCGAGGAGUUCGCCAAGAUGCAGGCAACGGCCCAGAAGAAGAUGGCGGAGGAGAAGGCGAAGCGUCGCGCCGCCGUCCUCAAGGAGCGCGAGGAGGAGUACCAGCGCCUCGAGGAGGAAGAGCGUAUUCGGAGGGAGCAGGAAGAGGAGGAGGCUCGCUUGGAAGCAGAGCGCAUCGCAGAAGAGGAGCGCAGAGAAGAGGAGGAAGCCGCUGCUCGUGCUGCCGCCGAGGAAAAGAAGCGCGCGGACGAGGAGGCUGCCGCAGCCAAGCGCAAGGAGCGGGAAGAAGAGCGCCAACAGGCGAUGGAGGCCGCUCGCCGCCAGCAGCAGCGCGAGGACGAGGCGAUGGCACGUCGGCAAGCCGCGAAAGCGCAAGCCGCCGCACCUACCCCUGCCGCCGCACCCGCUCGCGCUGCACCCGAGGCAGCGGCAUGGAGGCGGCCUGGAGCAGCCAGCGCUCUGCCUCCUGCUCGCUCUGCUACGCCCGACAGGUCAGAGAGUCCGGCUCCGAAGUACCGUCCGGGUGCCCUCGCCUCCGCCGCCAGCAGUGGAGGUGGUGGUUGGCGCGCACGCCAGGCAGCCAAAGAGAGUGGAGCUGGCGACAGCACUCCCGCGAGGCCCGCAUCCCCCGCAACCAUUGCACCUACGAGAGUCACCGCGACUCCCCCGCCUGCCGCGAAGGCGCCUGCGUCCCCGAAUCCUGCGAAGGAGCCUUCAAAGGACGACGACGGGUUCCAGACCGUCACCCCGCCCGCGAGGAAGUGGGGUGCGUCGCGUCUGGGUGCGCGCCGGCCGGCGUAAGCCUGUGUGCCUCGCUAUGUCGCCUCGUAACGCUGGUUCGUGUCGUCGUCGUCUAUGUAUGCUGUGUGCUUGUUUUGAGUCCGUUUGUUCGCUGUCUAGAUGUCCCCUCCACGUCUGCGACGGCAUUCACGACUUUUCACGGACGCGAUGUACUACUGAUGGCUCGCUGUAUCGGUAGUGGUAUAGCUAGACUCCAUGUUACGUAGCUCCUAAUCCAACCAUGCAUUUCUAUCUCAUGCUUU